GGGGAGUGUCACCUGAAAGCAGUGACCAACUUUGUCUUUCCUCAAAGCAUGCAUAUUCUGGGCCCAUCUCAGCUCCCCAAACAUUAUAUUUUCUUGACUUUGGAGAAAGUCUUUAAUUCUCAAGAGUUCUGAAGCUGAAUUCCUCUGCACCCCCCAAAAGAAGUCUCAGAACUACAACUCCAGUAAAGACAUCUGAACAUACAUCCAAGGAUCACAGAUUGAGAAACAACUCUAUGAGCUUCCAACCCCAACACCAUGAAAGACUUCCUAUGGAUAUUCAUCACUGCAACAGUAAUGAUGUUCUCAAUUCUCUUUUUCAUCAGAGAAAAUCCCUUUGAUACUACAAGUUUCCUAUCUUUCGAGGAAAGGGAGAUGGUAGCUUGGCAGAGAGCCCGGAUGCAGAUCCACCCCGGUAGAACCAACCCCUUGGAAACCUUCAAAAAUAUGCAGAAAAACUCAGAACUGCUCAAAAAUAUAAACUCCCAUAUCUUGAUUGGAGCUCCUCCUAUGAAAAAAAAACUGCUGACCAUAGGGAUUUCCUCAGUUCAACAUCCCCAUGGCAGCUCCCUCUUGGACACCCUGCAAUCUCUCUUCUUUGCUUCCUCCUCAUCUGAGCGGAAACACUUCAUUGUCGUAGUACACCUGGCAGAUCCUGACCCCAAGUGGCUUGGUCAAAUGAUCUCCAACAUCUCAACCUUAUUUAAACUGUAUAUCCAGGCAGGACAGCUAGUAGUGAUCAAUACACCUCUUACAAGCUAUCUUCUCUUAAACAACUUAAAGAAAAACUUUAAUGACAUCCCAGCCCAUGUAGCCUUCUACUCCAAGCAGAAAAUGGAUUAUGCCUUCCUCAUGAACUUUGCUACCAACCACUCUGACUAUUUCCUGAUGAUCGCAGAUGAUGUGAAAUGUGCUCCAGGAUUUGUCACCCAGAUAGCUACUAUAGUGUCUGCCUGGGAAAACAGACUUUGGAUGACUCUGAACUUCUCUCAGCUCGGCUUCAUUGGAAAACUCUUUCAUACUAGAGACCUUCCCCGUUUAGUUCAAUUCCUUCUCCUCUUCUGCCAAGAAAUGCCCUGUGACUACCUCCUCUCUAAUUUUUAUGACCUUCUCAUACAACAAACACCAAUCCAGUUCUUCCCUUCCCUUUUUCAGCCCAUGGGUAAUUACUCCUUUGAGGGAAAAUUCAAGAGCCUCAAAGAUAAAGAGUUUGAGGAAAAUGACCCUAGUUCUCCCAGCAACCCUGCUGCUUCCAUCUACACUAACCUGAAAGUUGCCAAUAUCUCUGUUCUCGUGAAUGCCUAUAGCUUAGAUAAGAAUUUCUUUUAUGCCAAAUCGGCUGAGGCUGGCAAUCAUCUGACUGUGGUUUUGGAUGUACCUGCCAGAGUAUCCCGAGUUCAAGUGCUGACUGGCUCUCACCUAAAAGGCAAGAAUCACCUGGAAGAGGGACAAGUAGAACUGGGCUAUGAUGCUACUAAUAGAGUCCAUGACUGUGAUGACUAUAUUCUCCUGGGGCUACUGGAAAAUGGCACCCUGAAUAAGCAGGUGUUAUCUACUGAGUCUGGAAAGAAGGAUCUACCAUACCAAAUUCUUCCCCUGGGGCAAGAACACAGACUUCUAGAGACAACAGGAACAGGAAAAAUCUGAGCUCUAAGCAGGCCCUGAACUCAACUAAUGUGCAGUGUUUGGUUUUCGCUGGCUGGAGAACCAUAAAUGAUCCAUGAAGGGGAGAAUAAAGGAAAAAGAAAAGGCCACUUUAAGAGGAAUAUUUGGAAAGAAAUGAAAUAAAAAAACAGGCAGUAUGUGCAAAUGAGCUGUAAUAAAAAUGAAUAGAGCUGGAGAAUUUGGAAACAGGCUAAUGGGAUGGAAAUAAGGAGAGAGGGCAGCCCGGGUGGCUCAGCGGUUUAGUGCCGCCUUUGGCCCAGGGCAUGAUCCUGGAGACCCGGGAUCAAGUUCCACGUUGGGUUCCCUGCGUGGAGCCUGCUUCUCCCUCUGCCUGUGUCUCUGCCUCUCUCUGUGUGUGUCUCUCAGGAAUAAAUAAAUAAAAUCUUUAAAAAAAAAGAAAGAAAGAAGGAGAGAGAUGUGGAGGAAGCCAAACAAAGACGAGAGGGAGAAGCUUUGGGAGCAUCAAAUGCAGGGAAAUGGGGCAAGUGUAUAUGGUAGCCAUGAAAAGGUAUUGUUGAAAUCUCCUGCUACAAGCAUCAUGACUAACUGAUGCUCCACUGCUAUUCUCUGGGUCCACCACAGUGUUGGUGCCAAAGCCAUACUUCCCACAGAAUGCUCCCAGCCAGCGAGUGACUACAGCAAGGGUACUAGCAAGGCCCAUCCUGGUAAGAUGGGGGACUCCUCUAACAGGUGACACUAGCUCAAGGACUCUCCGUCAGUCUGUUUGAAGCUUUCUUGGAACAAUGCUGCAGCCCCAGACAUUCGUAGCAAUUUCUUCCCUCUCUGUCACCUUCCACAGUUUUCAGACCUUCACUACAAUCUGAAGCCUCUUCGUGCCUUCUCCCCCAAUAAUAAAACUCUUGGAUGACUAAUCCUAUU